AUAAUUCAGUGUGAAGAAUCGAAACACGUGAGACGCUACGCGUGAAGUGCUUAUUAAAACUAGCUUUUUUCUUGAUUCAUUAUUUGAUUUUAACGGUGAUAAUUUGAUUUGGUGCGUGAUGCCUUCCACGAAAAAAUUGCCUAAGUAUGCACUUUACGAUUUUGACGAUGGCACUGUGGCUACAGGUCUUAGUUGUUUAAUCGACAUAGCAUCUGCUGAAGUAUCAGAUCAGGAUUUUGAUUAUAACGAGUCUCAUACGGUGUUUUGGCCAAAUCGUCCAAUUAAAAGUAGUACUGAACAGGAUGUUAUCAAAUUGAAACAGUGUGCCAAAAUACUGUUGUUCAGUAAUGAUAUAUCAAUUGUGAAACAGUAUCGUGACCAAUUGUCAGAUGAAAUUGUUUCUGUUGAGUUGUUUCACUAAAUAAGAAUGAAGGUUUGGGAGAAAUCAACAGCAGUUGAAGAAUCCUGCGCAGGUGGAGCAAGCAGACAGUCAAGGCGUUUGAAAGAAAGAAAGCAAUAUGGAGCAUCCGAAGAAGAACAUGAUGACCAAUCAAAGAAAAACUCUUCAAAUUCUUCUCUAUUGACCACCCACCCACCACCCAAAAAAAGCAGAAAGGCUUGUGAGUCCUUCAAUAACGAAAAUACGUUGGCAAAAAUUGUUCAACAAAAGAGUCUAUUAUGUAACAACACUCAACGGGAUAAGCCUGGUAGCCCGCCACCCACUGUUACUGUUGCUGAGAUUCAUGCUGAGCCAAUUUCGUUAUCGGGAAAGUCAAGGAAAAGAAGCCAUUCGGUGUAUUCCGACAAGGAAGAACGCAAUGAUGAUGGUUCCACCUCUGAAAGCAAUUCAGGCUGCUUCACGUUACAAAAACUAACGCCAGCAAAGAAAAAACCCGUAUUUCCCGAAACAACUGAUGAGCUGGUAGAUGAGGAAGAAUGUGAAGAUGUCGUUCCUACUUCGACCCGUACUGAUAAUUUGCAAUCAGAGGUGGAGGUGCUAUCAUCUUUAAAGGCGAGUAUGCUGAUGGGCCAGGCCCCUGUUUCAACUGAAGACGUCCAGCACUUAAAAAGCAAGAUACGCGCCCUAGUAGAAGAAAAUGAUCGCUUGAAGAAAGAUCUUAAGUUUUUUCAAGAAUUCAGCAGCGUCAAAGCUUGGGUUGACCAAUUGAUCUUUAAACAGCAGUACAUCCAACAGUUGCAGAAGAAUGGGGAAUGUGCCUCAGCUGCCCCACUUGCUUCUGCUACUUCAAGUGUGAAGAUGAAUUUACCGAAACUUGCGUAUGAAGAGAUUCAGCCACAUUUUCAAGCAAAUUGGAGUUCCUCACCUCCACCACCUGUUUUGAAUGCACCAGAGACACCGAUGGAGGAGACUAGCAAACCACAAAAAUAUCCGUCGGAUUUGUAUAACAAUCCAUUUCCCAUUACGCAAGACAUUCUCGACCAGAUUCCGCCUGGCUCAAAGAAAUCUGAAACUCGCUUUGUUCUGAAACUCUUCUUCGCCUCACGUACACUGAUAAUUACCUGGGUACGCAUACGAUGUCAGCAAAUUUGACAGGAAAGAAGUAUAUGAACGAGAAUAAAUUGCUCAGCAUAAUUAAAGCGACAUUGGAUUUUUUCCAAUUCAAGGAUCACGAGAAGGUGAAAAAAGAAGGAGAAGUCCGAAAGGGUAUUUCCACUUUUCUAAACAAUACCAAACAGAAGUUGUAGAAGCUCCAAAUAACAGCAGCAAGUAAUAAAGUAACGGUCUCGUCAGCACAAUAAUUGUCAUUAUUGAACGAUGAAAUACAAUUACUUGAUUAAUUCAAAUUCCUCUAAAUUAAAUUUUUAUUUAAUGUGUGAUAAAAUACGUGAUUCUAAUAACAGGUAUCAUGCAAUAAUAAAUAAAUAUUAUUUUGAAGUAAAAACAAGCGUAGUGUCCAAUACUUCAGUAUGCAAUAAAUCGUGUGAUUUUCAAUUAAUUUCAGUUAGUGUCGUAUACAAUAAAUCAUACCAGAAACAUAAAA